AUGGUCGCGACCGACAGCGCAGUGAAGCCGAAGCGCUCUAGCUUCGUGCUAGGUGGGUUCCUGCCCAAGGUGCCUACCUACCGUAAGGAGAAGAAGGAUCCCAGUAGCGUCGUUCUUGAUCAGGAGGCCGAGGAGGAGCCUGUGCUCGACGAUAAUCAGGUUGAGGACCAGCCCAGUAAGUUACCGGAUUUCCCUGGCGAGCGCCGCUCUCACGACGGCGUGGUGCCCGCUCCGUCCGCCGCAUCUGUAGCGGCCGCCGCUAUCCGUCGCCGUGGCAUGUCCAUCGAGCAGACGGCAACGUCACUCUACCGCCGCAUGAGUGUGCGCCAGAACUCCGCCCCCGAGCCGGCAGAGACUGCCAAGCCGUCGCCAACAGGCAGUGACGAGAGAUCACCGUCGCCUCAGACGGACACUGUGCUCACGGUACGACGUGGCAUGUGCGUGGCCACGACGUUCGGCACGGGCGCCGUGCUGGACGUGCGAAACGAUGACGGCUUCGUCGUGGUGCAGCUGGUGCCCAAGAGCAUCGCGUACCUGCGUGAGGAAACUAUUAUCAGGGAAAUUAAGAGUGUGGUAGGCGAGAGAGUCAAGACUCGCUGGGGUAUGGCCACUGUCGAGCAGUACUACGUCGAGGAGGACAUGUACAGCAUCGCUUUGGACUGGCGUUGGGACGAUGAGCACGUGUGGCGCAUGAAAGCGACAACCAAGAAGUUCGAGAAGAUCCACCCGCGUGGAACACUCAUCCAGAACACCAAGAACCGCUUGUUCGAAGGCUACAGCUCGCUGCGGGAAAGCGUCGGGUCCAAGCUCAUCACCAGCAAGAGCGUGGCAGUUAACACCAAGCAUGACGCGGUGGAGCAGCCGGAUCUGGGCAAGGCGCAGACGCCUUUCGGUGUCUGUACGGUGCUGAAGGUGCGCACGGACAAGUUCUUUGUGGUCAAGACGCCAAUCGGUGCCACAGCGUACCUGAACGCGGAUUCGGUGCGGAUGCUGGGACGACGGACGCAUUUCGUCAGUGGAGACCGCGUCAACACGCCCUACGGAGCAGGUCACAUUGCACACUUCCGCGAGGAGGAUGAGACGUAUGCUGUGGAGCUGGAGGCGCCGUCAAGUGCCGGCCAACUGCCGUUGCUGUUCAUUAGCGACGUGCAUGCCGAGACAGACUUGACGUACGCACCAGUGGCUACGCGCCUGUCCUCGAUUCUGAACAUCACACGCACGUCCAUGAUGAACGCCGGUGAGAGAAUGCGCAGCGCUUCGGUUGCUGCUGGAGGCCUCCCCACGCUCCCGGCUAACCUGCCUGCGCUCCCGGGUGGCCUACCUACGCUUUCCAGCGUGAAGGCCAGAGUUUCCACCAUGACAACCAUCAAGAUGGCCCCGAAGGGAAAGUUCCACAAGGAUGAGCGUGUGCUGACAUCGUUCGGAUCCGGUUUCGUUGUUGAGGCUCGUCCACAGGACAAAAUAUACCACGUGAAUCUACGUCGACUCAAGUUCUCGGGCUACUUCCACGAGGCGAGUCUGGCUCCGUUUCCCUACGAGCGCGUCACGCAUUUUGUGGUGGAUGGCCGUACGGUUCCGGCGCCACCUAUUCCCAAGAACGCCAGUGAUUACAAGCGUCGCGCUGUGAUUUCCGCGGCAAUUAAGUCGGCCCGUGAAGGCAAAUACCUUGCUCCAACAGUACCUGCAAAGCCCGAGGAGCCCAAGGUCGAAACACCUGAGGCACCGAUCGAUGCCAUGGCCGCCGCUGAAGCUGCUGUCGCCGUGGAUGCCGCCACCGCUGCGGCUGUCCCCGCACCGGUGCCAGUCGCGGAGUGA